AUGAAAGAAACCAAUUCACUACAACUACAAGCAGCAAAGAUGACUACUAUGGAAUUGAAAGGACACACUGACAAACUCUGGGACUGGCCUCUUCAAGGUGAAGACGGAAUCGUCAGGGUGAUCGAGGAUGACAAGCACUUCGAGGUUGGACUUGAUGCCACCUACUUUGCAGCCAAGGAUAUCAGUGUGAAAGUGAUCAACGACCUCCUGCAAGUCAACUUUGAGCACGAGAUUCGCUCCGAUAAAUUCGGCUCGAUCUCCAGGAAUAUCUCGAGAUGCUACCACUUGCCGGAAGGAGUUGAUCCAAAGACGAUCAAGAGCAACCUCUCCAACAAUGUUCUCUUCAUCACCGGACAAAAACGU